CAUGAGAACAUAUUUCUUUCAAUUUUAAAGGAUUUUUUGCUAAUUGGAUGUCUUUUAUAUUCUAAAAUACUUUAAAUAGCUUCUGCGGUAUAUCUCUUUACUUUUGUUUGACCUAUUUAUAUCAAACAAGGCAUAUAAUCCACUUCCCGCUGUCAACCAGGAAGUUGAAUGACGCCUGAUAUUUUAUUCAAAAUACACGAAAAUGUGGUUGGAAGUGAUCUUAUUGAAUUUUCUAAUAAGCAUUUUCCCGGAGAUCUCAGGUUUUGUUAAUUUAGCCCAUACACCUGGGCAAAAACUACAGGGAACUGCAUCUUGGAAUGUUGAUGCUCAUCCCAGUGCCGGGGGUGCUGACAAGGUGGUGGAUGGUGAUACGAGACAGGGCUAUCUUCCUACCUGUGCAAUUGCUGACUACGGUGCCUACACUUAUAAAUCAGUUUGGUGGAAAGUGUGGUUAGACAGAAAAUUCAAUAUAGCUUAUUUGGAAGUCUAUCUGCGUUCAGGCACGACUAUGCGGGCAACUGGUUUCUCCCUGUAUACUUAUGAUGAGGUAUCUUAUGAGCCUCCGAAUGGAAACUCUGGAAGUCUUAUUUUCAAACACGAUCCUAUGUCCGAAUGCCCAAAGUCUUUCUGGAACAUAACUGUGAAUACAUUAGCCCAGGGAAUAGCCUUCUAUAAUGAAAGACCAAGGGGAUUUAGGACAAGCUGUACAACCACAGAUGUAACAAAAACUUCAAUUGAAAUAUGCGAAGUGAGAGUAAUGGGUUGUGACCAAAAUAGAUACGACUUUGGGUGUAGAAAACCAUGCGAUGCUAAAUGUAAGGACAGUCAUUGCGAUGUUUUUAACGGAUCAUGUAUUUAUGGAUGUUCUAAUCCUGAUGCCGUGUCCAUAGAUUGUGUGUGUGAAGACGGUAAGUAUGCUUUUAAUGGAAGAUGUGAACCAUGUGGGCACUGUCAGGUUGGCACGGUGUGUGACAAAGGAACGGGAAGAUGUCCGUCUGGGUGUAAUGAACACUGGAGCGGGGAUCUUUGUAAAGAAUGUGCUGAUGGUUACUAUGGACAGAAUUGUGGUUCCACGUGUGGAAAUUGUCUUCAAGGAUUCUGUGACAAGAAAAGCGGAACGUGUUUGUCUAAUUGUAAACCAAACUGGAAAGAGCCAUUAUGUCAGGAAUGUGUUGACGGUUACUACAGCCAGGAUUGUAGUACAAGAUGUGGUAAUUGUCGAGAAGGUCAUUGUGACAAGAAAACCGGAAGUUGUUUGUCUGGCUGUAAAGUGAAUUGGAAAGAACUUUUAUGUCAAGAGUGUGUUGACGGUUACUACGACCAGAAUUGUAGGACACAGUGUGGGAAUUGUAGAGAGGGACAUUGUGACAAGACCACUGGACAUUGUCCAUCUGGUUGUAAACUGAACUGGAAAGAACCUUUGUGUCAAGAAUGUGUUGACGAUUACUAUGGCCUGAAUUGCAGUACAAAAUGUGGAAAUUGUCUAGAAGGAUUUUGUGACAAGAAAAAUGGAUCUUGUCAAUCUGGCUGCAAACAAAACUGGAAUAAACCAUUAUGCCAAGAAUGCGUUGAUGGAUUUUUUGACAAGGACUGCAGUACACGGUGUGGGCACUGUCUUACAGGAGUUUGUGACAAAACAGAUGGUACUUGUAUGAGUGGAUGUUCACUAAACUGGCAGGAACCCUUAUGUCAAGAGUGUGUUGAUGGAUUUUAUUUCGAGGACUGCAGUAAAUCAUGUGGAGAAUGUCUUGGUGAAGUUUGUGAAAAGAAAAAUGGAUUUUGUAAAAGUGGAUGUUUAAAAAACUGGCAGGAACCUUUGUGUCAAGAAUAUAUUAAUGGAUUUUACGACCAGAAUUGCAGUACACAAUGUGGUAAUUGUCGGACUGAAUUCUGUGAUAAGAAAAAUGGAAGCUGUUUAAAUGGUUGCAAAACGAACUGGGGAGGACCCUUGUGCAAAGUAUUAGCUGAAAGGCAAGACGAGGAGGAAAAUAAUGCCGCCAUUAUCGGAGGAAUUGUUCCAGUGAUUUUAAUUGCAGUAUUAAUCGGUGUUUUAAUAUUAAUAUUUUACAGACGGUAUAAAAACAAUGGAGGAAAAGAAGGCCUCAUGGAAAACGAUAAACAUUUUGGAAGAAAAGCUGAUGGAGGAAGACAUGGGAAAGACAAUGAAACAGAGUUUUUCGAUGAAGUAUGCAAUCCUGGUACUAGUCAAGCAGAUGAAAAUGGAUAUUACAAUACAGAUCUAUUUAUUACAAAUAUAAAUAUAGGAGAUCUACGGAACGUUAUAAAUGAAAAGAACAUGGGAGAAAAUAGCCAAUUCCGUCAAGAAUACAAGCGUCUUCCUCCAGCUAACCUAAGCGUUUGUCAAAGCGCACAGAAGACGGAAAACAAAGCAAAGAACCGGUUCAAAACAACAUUUCCUUAUGAGCAUUCCAGGAUCAUUCUCAAAGAAAUGUGGACAGAUUCUGACAAUGAUUACAUCAAUGCCAACUUUAUAUCGGACUGCAAUGGAGAGAAUCGGUAUAUUGCAGCUCAGGGGCCUAGAGACAACACAUUAAGAGAUUUUUGGAGAAUGAUUUGGCAAGAGAACAUUAAAGAUAUUAUCAUGCUGACAAACUUAGUAGAGAAGGGAAAGAACAAGUGCAGUCAAUACUGGCCAGAUAAAGAUAAAUCAAUAGGAAUUGGUCUCUGCACUAUAUCUCUGAGAGAAGAAACAGUGUAUGCAUUCCAUACAUUGCGAAAACUUUCAGUAGAAAGAAAGGAUCCACCUAGUAAGAGAACUAUCACCCAGUUCCACUAUACCGCCUGGCCAGACCAUGGUACACCACAGGAGCUGGAACUUGUCCAAUUCCAUAGAUUUGUAUCAAGGAGAAUACAUACGGAUGUUCCACUACUAGUGCAUUGCAGCGCCGGAGUUGGUCGUACGGGAACAUUUAUUGGACUUGAUUCACUCCUGACUCAGGGAAGAGACACCGGGCGGAUCAACGUUUUUGAAUUUGUCAAACAAAUGAGAGAGAACAGAAUGACAAUGGUUCAAACCCCAGAACAGUAUAUUUUCCUGCAUGAAGCACUAAACUGUGGAUUCCAGGGCGACUUCCUUCUUUCAAGAGAUGAAUUUCCAACAAAAUCGGAAGCAUUGCUGAAUGACAAUGCCCCCUUAAAUCAAAGAGCUCUUUACAAAGAAUUUAAGGUUUUGGAAACAUUGACAUCCAACUCCAACUUUUUGGCAGACGAGGUCGCUACAAGUGUAGAAAACACCAAAAAGAACUUCAGUCAAGACAUACUACCUGUUUCAAAGUUCCGGCCGUACCUUACCACAUAUGUGAAAGGAAGGAAUGAUUAUAUCAAUGCAGUAAUGGUUCCGUCCUAUAAAAACCCAGCCGGAUUAAUCAUAACCCAAAAACCUCUACCCGACACUGAGAUGGAUCUGUGGAGAUUGUGCUUUGAUCACGAAGUGAAUGCACUGGUGGUCCUUAAUGCCAAGAAUGAGGCAAACGGCUGGUUUCCAAAGAGAGGGUCGUCUAAGGCGUGUGUUCCUUUCACCCUUACAGCUGGCGGUACAGGAAGUAAUAUCAGUGGUGUGUCACAGGACCACGUAGUGAUUUCAGGCGACAACGUGAAGAAAGAAAUAGAGGUUUUCCAAGUGCAGACUGAUGAUAAUGAUACUAUACUUAAAGCCACAGAACUCGUUCUAGAAAAGGAGAAACAGUCACCAUUUACAUCUGUUGUCAUAAGCAAGGACGGAGCAGGACCGGCCGGUAUCCUCUGUGUUUUACAUAACGCCCUGCAACAGAUCAGUAUGGAUGGAGAGGUCGACAUAUUUACAAUAGUACGGCAGUUAAAAGUCAGAAGACCGGAAGUUAUCACAACGCUGGAGGAGUACAGACGAUGUUACCAGCUGGUGUCUCAAUCUGUUUCAACAGAGGGAAUAUAUGCCAACAUGUGACAAGGAUCUCCUUUCUGUUUCAUUUUAUAUAUGAUAUUAUAUAUGUACCAAAUGCAUUUUUCCUAUAUGUGAAAGUAGACAUUUCAUUUAAUAUUUAUUAAACUAGUAAUAGGUUAUUUCCUGAUAAUAAUUUCAUUUGAAAAUAAAAAAGUAAUUUUAAUUAAGAAUUGAUAUGUGUAAAUACAUGUAUUUUGGCAAAAUAUUUAUGUUACAAUGUUACGUACAAAAUGACAAUAAGCCUCGGCAUGAAUUUUUUGUAUUUAAAGCACUUAAAACCAAUCAUGGUAAAAUCUUAUCAAAAUUAAUGUAGAUACCUACAUGUGUCUUGAUUUAAUAAUUAUUUACGGUAAUUUGAAUCACGUAAUUGAUAGUGAUGACACAUUUGAAACAUGAUAUAAAAAAACUGAAAGAGGUGAACGAAGAAAUCUUUUCAAAAAUAGAUAAUAUAUUUUAUUGCAGUUCGAAAUUUUAAAAAUUUUGCAAAUGUAGCUGCUUUCUUUACAGAAUUCUAGAUUUUGUUUUUAUCAAUUUGUAAUAUUUAUCAUUAAAGUCAUUCAAACAUC